AUGAGACAACCAGCAGAGGACAUAUCACUUACGUUCGGACAGCACAAACGAACGAGAGAGCAGGGGGGACAAGCACAGGGUCGGCAGCAGCGCGAUAGACUGUUUGGUGGUGAGGAAGAAGAAACAAACGACGGCCCGACCCACAAACGAUAUAUCAACAACACGCGUGGGUGGGUCCACACACCACACGCGCUGGUCCCCGUAACAACGGCGCCUGAGCUUAUUUACACCUCCUACAAGAACCUGCGCGAAGAACACCGGCGCAGCUUCUAA